CCCACCACCACCACCGCGGCCACGCCCACCGUAAGCCCCGCCCCCCGCGCCCCCGGCUCUUUGCUCUCAUUGGCUCCCACCCGCCCCUCCCCGGCCACGCCCCGCGCUCCCGGCUCCCUAUUGGCUCUCACCCCGACCCGCCCCCUUCGCGGCCCCGCCCGCUCUCCCGGCUCCCUAUUGGCUCUGACCCCGACUCGAGGGGGCGUGGCCUCUUUAGGCUCCUCCCCCCGCGGCCCGUUCCCUCUAUUAAGGGGCGGAGCCUCGUUCCCGCGUGGCCCCGCCUCCCCCUUCUUGGCCACGCCCCGAGGGGGCGGAGCCUGUUUGUCACGUGGCCCCGCCUCCCCCUUUUUAGCCACUCCCUGCAGGGCGGGGGGCGGGGCUUGUUUCACCCAGCGAAUGGCGUUAGGGGGCGGGGCUUGCGCUCACCGCAUCCAAUCGGCAGCCGGCUCCCCAAGAUUAGGCUCCACCUCCUGCCUCCACCGCAUCCAAUCGGGCGCCGCGUGUAACCGCUUAAACUCCGCCUCCUGCUUGCACCGAUUGGGCUGCGGCGCCGUCAGUAACACGAGAUUAACCAAUCCCUGCUGUCACCGCAUGGUGGGCGGGGCUUCCCCGGCCACGCCCCCUCGUUCUCCAUCCCCAUUCGCCGCCACCCCAGUGGGCGUGGCCUCAUCCCGCCUCUACCAAUACACCCAAUAUGGCCACCAAUACUCGGCCUCCUCCGGCUCCCAGUAUUACCAAUACGCCCAGUACUCCCAAUUCGCCUCCCAAUACUCAGCAUCAUCAUCAUCCUCAUCCUCAUCAUCCUCAUCUUCAUCCCAAUACCAAUAUGGCGCCAACCAUUACAGCGCCAUGGCUGCCGCCGCCGCUCAAUACGCCGCCGCCGUCCAACAACAGCAGGCGGCCAUUGCCGGAUCCGUAUCCACUUCCGCUUCCGGUUCCACUUCCGGGUCAGACAGCAGCCAAUAUGGCGCCGCGCACUACGCCACCGACGGGACUCAAUAUGGCGGCACCGACGGCUCCACCCAAUACGCGACAUGGAGCACGGAUGGGAGCAGCACCAACAGCGCUAAUACGGCCGGCACGGCAGCAGCGGCUACGUGGGCACAGGCCGGAACCGGGAACACCACGUGGGGGGCAUGGAUGGCGCCUGCCCCAUAACUGAACUGCAAUGUGGACAACGGCCCCGCCCCCUUCUUAAGCCACGCCCCCUUUCCCCGUAGGCUCCGCCCCCUUUGCCUUUAAGCCCCGCCCCCUUCAUUAACCCCUUCUUUAUUAAACCCCUAUCCUUUAAGCCACGCCCCCUUUGCCUUUAAGCCCCGCCCCCUUCAUUAACCCCUUCUUUAUUAAACCCCCUAUCCUUUAAGCCCCGCCCCCUUUUCCUUUAAGCCCCGCCCCUUUCUUCCUUUAAGCCCCACCCCCUUCGUUAAGCCUUGCCUCCUUUUCCUUUAAGCCCCGCCCCAUUCGUCUCUAUGCCCCUCCCCUUCAUUAACCAUCGCUUAACGCCACGCCCCCUUUCCUAAGCCCCGCCCCCAUUGAGCCCUUCUUUAUUUAGCCCCGCCCCCUUUCUCCUUAAGCCCCUCCCCCUUCGCUGAUCCCCUUCAUUAAGCCCCACCUCCUUUUCCUUCAAGCCCCGCCCCCUCAUUGACCACUUCCUUAAGCCACGCCCCUUUCCUUUAACCCCGCCCCUUCAUCAACCCCUUAAGCCCCGCCCCCUCUUAAACCCCGCCCCUUUUAGUCACCCCCCUUCAAGCCCCGCCCCCUUCAUUAACAUAUUGACACCUGCUGCCUUUAAGCCACGCCCUCUUUCCUUUAAGCUCCGCCCACUUCAUCUUUAACCCACCCCCUUUUCCAUUUAAGCCACGCCCCCUUCCUUAAGCUCCUCCCCCCUUAAGCCCCGCCCAUUUCAUUAUCCCCGUGCUUUCUUAAGCCCCUCCCCUUCUUCCUUAAGCCCCGCCCCCUUUCAACUCCCUAAGCCCCGCCCCCUUUCUCACCUGAAGCUCCACCCCCAUUCCUGAGACCACACCCCCCUUUUCCCUUCAACCAAUCAACACCCCCCUUUCUUGCCUUAAACCCCGCCCCCUUUCCUGUGACCACGCCCCCUCUUUGUAGACCACGCCCCCUUUCGUAGCCCCGCCCAUUUUCUUCUUGGCCCCGCCCCCUUUUCCUCCAGCCAAUCAACGCCCCCCAUCUCGCCUUAAGCCCCGCCCCCCUUUGUGGCCCCGCCCUCUUUCCCCGCGUGUUUUACAUAUAAAGAAAUGAGGCUCAA